AUGGAUGGGAUGAUAAAUAACAAGAAUAACUUGAAUACCUAUGAUGAAUCUCGAGGUAUAGUGCCGAGCAACAUUUUUCUCGGCCUCCUCCCAUUGCCAUACUCGUUGUCAACUCUUAAGAAUAGUUUACCAGUGUCUCAGCCAUCGACAUCAUCAUCAUCAUCAUCAUCAUCAUCAUCAUCAUCAUCAUCAUCAUCAUCAUUAGGAGCCACUUGUGUUCCGCAAACAUCGACGAACAGCAAAAACAACAAUACUUAUACAUCUUCUCGUUUACAUUCGCCUUCAUUUGUCGACUCAAAUCACUUUGAAAAUCAAUCAGCUUCCAUGUCGGCCUCAACGUAUCGCAACUCGUCGUACAUGAUGACAAAACCACCGUUGUACACUCAAGCACGUGAAAAGGAACGAUUUGAAUUAUCAACAUUGAACGAUAAAUUCGCUGAUUAUGUUGAAAAAGUUCGAUAUUUGGAAGCUCAGAACAAGAAGAUCCAAAUGGAGGCGAAUCUUCUCACCGAAAAGGAACAAGAGAAUACUCAAAAGAUCAAAUCAAAAUUCGAGACAGAAAUCGUUCAAUUGAGACAAGCAGCAGAGCAAUUAUUCAAAGAUAAAAACGAUACGUUUUCAAUCGCUCAAACAACACACAAUACGCUUCUCCCGUUGAAACAGCAGUUAAAUCAAACAUUCCGCGAACGCGAUGCAUCCAAAUACGACACGGAGAAAGUUGAACGACAGCUCUCAUCGAUCGAAGGCGAUAUUAUGAUGUUCAAGCGUCGUCUCGCUCAUCAAGAUAACGAACAAAACCAAUGGAAACAAUUGACCGCUCAUAUUCAACGUCUUCUAGUACAAACUGGAAAUGAAAUUCAUACUGAAUCGUUGGCUAGAGCAUCAGCCGAACAAAAAACGAAGCAAUUACACGCGGAAAUUGCUCGUUUACGUGAGCAGCAACAGCAGAAACUAAAAGAAGUUAAACAAUCAGCAUUAAUGACCGGUUCGAACACGACAAACGAUCGUGCACAUGUGUUCAAAUCGGAGUUGUCCAAUGCAAUCCGACGCGUUAGGCAAGAUUUCGAAAGAGAAAACGAUACACAUCGAAAUGAACUCUAUACUCAGUUUAGUCAAUCGUACGAUAGUAUUGUACGACAAUAUUCGGACUUAGCAUAUUUGUUCAUGAACGAACGCGAACAAGAACGUAUUAGAUUAGAAGAAGAUCGCGUACGUUUGGAGAUACAACGUGUUCGAGCAGAUAUCAACGCAUUGAAACAGAAAACAGCUGACUUGAAACUACACAUCCGUGAAGUUCAAAUCAAAGUCGAGUUAAUGACUGACGAGAAUCAACGUGUCGAGAAACUACAACAAAAUCAAAUCGAUCAAUUUAAAUUACAGCACGAAAAAACCACUCAGGAUUAUGAAGAUGUCAUUUCCAAGCAAACGUCAUUAGAAAAAGAAAUUGAUACAUAUCGAAAUCUCUUGGAAGGUACAAUGAAACCGGUCGUAGAUAACAUAACUGACGAAUACAAUACAAUGACUGCGAAUAACGCCAAAGCCGAAGAACGCAAGGACCCGACCCCAACCGAGCCGAAGUUUUACUCAUCUACCAAUCGAUUUUCAUCGAGAUUCCAGCAUGAAAAACCGAGGGAUAGUAAUUUCUACAAUACAUCUCAGAGUCUCUAUUCUCAUAGCAAACCAACAGAAACAACAUUGCCGAAAGCUGUCGAUAUUCCGAUCACACGGAUUUUAGAAGAAAUAGAAAUUGUGACGAAUGUUGGAGAUUACAACAUGAAACCGAAUGAUAAUGAACAGCAUAUUGUGGAAAUCGAUGAAACAACCAGUGAAUCGUCAACAGCUAAUUAG